GAUUAAUCGUGAAAUCACCCGACUACUCGACUUUUUGGUCGACUGUUUGGUCUACCAUAGUCGACUCUGGUCCGCUUUGGUCUAUCUGUCUGGUCAAAUUGUGUUUUUCAGUCUAUCUGUGGUGUACUCUGCUGGUUCUCUGGGGUGCUCUGGGGUACUCUUAGACUAAUGUGACAUGUUGGUUGACAUGUACUUGCAAUGGACUGAGGUGUUGGUGUACAUAAAAUUCAAAAGCAUUCCUUUGUUAACAGAACUUGCCAAUUAUUUUGGCAUCUCCGAAUGAAUUUUGCUAAUUCAUUGCUUGUUUGCAUUUUGUGAUUUUAAUGACUGACACUUGGUCCUGGGCGAUCCUGUGUUCCUUUCCUGAGCCCGGCAUGUGCGAGUUUCAUUGUAAUUUAUUAUUCGUCUCAAUGAAAUUUGUGUUGUAUCCAAACGCAAACAACAUUGAGUAAUUAUUAUUCAUUUUUAAUUACGUUUUCAUAUAUUUUUUAUUCACUAUGUUGACAAACGAUGUUUUCUUCCUUGAUGAUGACAUUUGCGAGUUCGAAGAGACAAUCGUUGAAACGUCAGAAAAUUAUGUUAAACGUAGUAAAAAGAAGAAGAAGAAUUCAAAAAUAGAUGAAACACUUCAGAAUUUCUUAGAUGAUUGUGAUCUGUAUAUUUCUGUGAAAACUGAUUACUCGGAUAUUGUGGGAACAGUUUUCAACAUUGGGGGCAUACGACUUAAAAUUUCUGGAAUUAAUGAAGACUUAAUGGCCCUUAAAGAAUUUUGGUUGUAUGUUAGUAAUAUACCAAAUCGUAGCUUUAUUUAUCUUGAAGUAGGGAGUGAAGUUAAAUAUUGUGGUGUGGAUGGUAACUUAGACACAGAAUUGUUUACAGUGCCAGAAGAUAUCAGUCAUACUUCCUUAGUUGAUUUGGAAGCUUUGUAUUCUUCAGUAAAAAGGCAGCUUGAAAAUAUCAGCGUUGGAAAUGUUCAGCAUCAAGAUUUAGUUCCAAAAUUACGUCCUUAUCAGGAACGAGCUGUAUCGUGGAUGCUUCAGAAAGAAACUCUAAAUUACACAAUGGACAUUGCAUCUCACUUCUUUACAAAAAUUGUUGUGGGAGAUAAUCAGGCAUUUUUUUAUAACAAAUAUGAGGGAUAUCUUGUUCUGCAAGAACCACACUCAGAAUUAUUGCCUAAAGGAGGUAUUUUGGCUGAUGAAAUGGGCCUCGGCAAAACUGUUGAAGUUCUUGCCCUAAUUCUCCUAAACCCUUCCAGUGAACAGAGAACUACAGACUCGCAGAUAUUGGAUAAGUGUGCAAAAAUAUUCGAACCAAAAUCUUGUAAAGCGCAGGACAGUGCUAGUAGUGAUGAAAAUUAUAGUGAAGAAGAGUGGGAAGAUUUUGAAAUGUUUCAGAAGAAUAAAGACUUAAAUUCGAGUUCCUCAUCUCAGAGAAGAACACAAUUAAAAAGAAGAUGUACUGCAGUGAGAGCAGAAACACAUUCAACGAAACGAAGCUCAAAAGGGGAAACCUUUCAGGCUCUUGAACAAUGGUACAAUAAAAUACUAUCUCAAACAAGCGUUAGAGCACGAAGUUCAUGCAUGUUUCUUGAACAAGACAAGACCCCAGGUUUAAAGUGUGUUUGUGGAGAAGAAAGAAAGAAAUUAACAAGGAUACAAUGUUGUACAUGCUUUGAUUGGCAACAUGUUCAGUGCAUGGGCAACCCCAACACCAAAGGUUAUAAUUGUCCACAAUGUUGGCAAAAAAUGGAACCUAUUAACUCAAGAACAACUUUGAUUGUGUCUCCAACUUCAAUAAGCAAUCAGUGGCUUCUUGAAAUAGAGAAGCAUAUUAGUGACAAGAGUUUCAAAACAUUAGUGUACAGAGGUGUGCAGAAAGAUGGAUUUUUACAACCUCAUUUCAUUGCUGAUUAUCAUUUGGUUCUGACUACUUAUGAAAUUCUAAGAAAAGAACUUGUACAUGCAGAUGUCAAUUCAACAGAUCAGGGUCGGAGCCUUCGUUAUUCCAAACGCUUCUUUGCUGUGCCAUCUCCACUUGUGAACAUUAAAUGGUGGAGAGUUUGUUUAGAUGAAGCACAAAUGGUGGAGCAUUCUACUAGUAAAACUGCAGAAAUGGCAAAUCGCCUUGAUGCAAUUCAUCGCUGGGCUAUUAGUGGAACACCUGUACAAAAGACAGUACAAGAUUUGUUUGGUUUAAUUCAGUUUCUUGGAGUUGAGCCAUAUUGUUCUCAACGCUAUUGGACUCGUUGUUUAUACAUUCCGUACUGUCAAGGGAAUACAGAACCUUUACAUAAACUUCUUGACCUCAUUAUGUGGCGCACAAUGAAGAAAGAUGUUUUACAUGAGAUAAACAUUCCUGAACAAACUCAUCAAUUCCAUUGGUUAAAUUUUACACCUGUUGAAGAACAUUUUUAUCGUCUUCAGCAUACAUUGUGCACUAAUGACUUUAUUUUAAUGUGUUCAAAAUUUGGAGAAAUAAAUUUAUUGAAACCAUUAUUAAGACUUCGCCAAGCAUGCUCUCAUCAUCAUGUUGUGAGAGGAUUUCUUGUGGGACAGAAAGCUACAAUGACAAUGGAAGAACUCUUAGAGUCCCUUUUGAAGAAGACAAAGUUGGAAGCAGAAGAAUGUUUUCGACGUACUAUUGCUGCAAUGAAUGGUUUAGCUGGUAUUCAUAUAAUCAAAGAAAUGUGGACUGAAGCCAUAGAACACUACAGAGAAGUUCUAAGGAUUUCUGAGGAGUACAAAGACUCACUUAAAAUGGACACUCUUCAGCGAAUUCAUACUUUACACAAUCUAGCUGAAGUACUGUGUGUUCAUUCGGAGAACAUACCUCCUACCUUGAGAGAUCAUAAGUUGCAGCAAGAAGCCACUGAGUUAGAAGAGAAGUUUAUGAACAAACAAGAUGAGAAGGUGGCAACUGCCCAGGAAGCUUUGUCAUCUCUUACUAGUCAUGUUCAUGAACUUCUAUCAUCAUUCUCUGUUGGGAGAGAUGAGUGGUGGUCUGAAUCAAUCAUGUGGCUUAUGACACAUGAUGAGAAAGGUGAAUUUUUGACUAGAGUACAUUUUGAACUGCUUGAAAAUCAAAAGCCAGGUCAAAAUAGCAUUAUAAACAGAGUGAAAACCCUAGCUAGUGUUGAACAUCAGUUGACAUUGUGGAGUGAUGAGUUAUUUCAAAAUAGAGAAGAAGCUCUGAAGAAAUUGCAGCUUCUUAAAGAAGCUAGCCAAUUGGAUAUGGCUAAUGAAGCUGUAGAGUGUCAUUUACGAACUAAUAAUCUUAAUAGUACUAGGAAAAAAAAAUGCCGACUUUGUAAAAUUGAAUUAUUUUUAAAACAGUAUGAAUCACUUUUAUUUGCUGUGAGCAAUAAGCAAACCCAGCAUAGUUUUGUUGGCGAAGUGAUGAUAAUGAAUCACUUGAACCAAGGAACAUGGAAACCUUCAGAACACGAAAGAAUUUUGAGAGUGUUACUUACUUUUGUAAGAAAUAAAAGAGCGUCAGUGGAACUACUGGAAGAUGGAAACCAAUUUCUGAAGGUGCUAGAAGCUCUGAAAAAAGAAUUUAAGCAAUUACGAUUCACAUGGACUCAAAUGAGAGACAGAGUAUCUGUACAAGAUGAACUCCAUAUGGCAAAGUUAAGGCUCAGGAUAAGAUUUGAAGAUGAACGAGUUCCACAGAGAAGUCAAAAGCACAAUCCUUUACAUCAGCUGAGUUCUCUUUUAACCAAUAAAAUGGAAACCAUUCAUGUAAUAGAAUCCCACGAGGUGGAAGCACAUGCUGCGAGAUUUCAGAGUGAUAGGCUUCAAUCAGAAGCAGAGUUACGACGUAAAAUAGGCCAGUUACAAUAUCUAAAAAAUCUAGAGAAGAAUCAGGGUUGCAAAACAAACCCUGAUCCAUGCCCCAUAUGCAGGAUAGAGCUUGGAGAAAAGUGGAGUGUGCUGCAGUGUGGCCAUUGCUUUUGUGUGGAAUGUAUUCAGCAACUAAUGCAAUCAAGUGUUCAUCGAACAAUCAAUGUCAAGUGCCCUGUGUGUCGUGAUGUAACACUCUCAUGUGAUAUCUCUUUUGUGGACAUUGGAGCUAAAUCUCAGGAUGAAGACAAAUGGCCUGAUACUUCAGUUUUUGGCUCAUUUUCUACAAAAAUAGAAGCUGUUGUAAGAUGUUUGUUAUCUAUACGUAAAAAGCAACCUGAUGUAAAAGCACUAGUUUUCUCUACGUGGGAGAAAGUAUUAGAUGUUCUAGAAAAGGCUCUGGGAAUGAAUGAAAUUUCAUUUUGUCGCCUUCAGUCUGGUCCAAAAUAUAAAGCUAGUUUGCAAUUAUUCAAGGAAGAAGCCCAACAUGUUACAGCAUUGCUGAUACCUGUGAGUUUGGGUGCCAAAGGCCUUAAUUUAAUCGAAGCAACACAUGUUCUUUUGGUAGAUCCAAUGUUAAAUCUGGCUGAUGAAUUGCAGGCUAUUGGUAGAGUUCAUCGGAUUGGUCAAACAAAGAAAACUACUGUCCAUCACUUUUUUAUUCGUGGAACUAUUGAAGAACGAAUCUAUGAAGCCACCCGAACAAGUGGUGAGAAGUGGAGUGAUAAUAGCAUUACUGUGCAGCAACUUAAAGCACUCUUUAACAGUCAGAGUGAAAUUUGUCCUGAUACUAGCUCUAGUAAUGACACUCAAGAUGUGAUAAGUGACUCUUAAAACAUUACACUCAUUAUUAGGAACACCUUCUUCUAAUACUUUCAGAUUUAAUUUUAUAGAUGAAAUUGUAACACGGAAGAAGUUUUGUAUUGCCUAUGAGAGAUUAAGUUACCAUAAACAUCAAUUUUAAAGGGAAUAGCAGUAAUAAUAUAUUCGCAUUAUCAUAAAUUAUUAAUGCUUUUAUUUUUCUGACUAUUCCAGUUUUUAUUGAACUUGGAGAAAUUUUUGUCAUGCCAGGAUAUAAUUAUAUAAAUGAUUAACAAUGCUAGGGAAAUUGGUCUUGUUUUAAAAUUUGACAAUUUUCAUAACUUGGCGUAAAAAAUCACCAGUACUGCUUGACUUUCUUUUACAACAAAAAAAUUUUUAGGACAUAAAACACUAAUUUGGAAAGUAUGACACAAGGAAUGCCACUGAAUAUUUUUUUCUCUGAGAUUUGUUGGUUGUUUGUAAGUUAUUACUUAAUGAGUAUGAUCAUAGCUACAAACAGAAGGAAUUGUAGAUUUUCUUAAAAUGAAUUCAGAGUAGUAACAAAAAUUAUUCUCCUUUAUAUAAAUUCUUAGUUCCCAAUAAUCUUGGCAUAAUUAAGCUUUAGUACCUAUUAAUUUUGUAAUAGGUUAGGUUUGUUUCUGUAUUUAAAUCUCUUGUUUGUUAAGUCUUCUCUCUCUAGUCCAAAUAAUUAACUCAUGAAAUUUAAAAAUUAGUUUCUGCUGAGAAUAAUUGUACAUACAAAUAUUUUUUCCAAUUCAAAUUAAUUGACAAUUAAGGUGAUAAUUUAGUUUUAAUUUCUCGUAUCUUCAAAAAAAGAUUAAUUGGUGUUUCAGACUGAAGAGAUUGUUAAGGGUUACAUCCUCUUUAUACCUUGCUACAAGUUUUUGGAUGUGUAAUGACACUUCAAUAGGUAGUGUUUUUUGAACUUAAAUGUUCUUCCAUUGUACAUUGUGUUAACAAGAGGGUUGCAUAUAAAGAAAGGUAUUUCUUAAAAUAAGAAAAUGAUGACUGGGUACCAAAACAAAUACCUUCUUAAAUAUGAGUUGUUGUUCACCAAAUUAUAGAUGCAAAUGCUGCAUUCAGCAAGAUCUAUGUCUAGGAUCAUGGGCUUUCUUGUGAAAAAUUGGUUACGAGAUCCUUCCAAAACAAGUUUGGUUCAUAGAAGUUUUGUGUAAAUAUAGUAUGAGUUUAGUAAUAAUAGCUUAAACAUGAUAAUGAAUAUUAAUUUCAGAUGCAACUAUUCCUCAUAUUUUGUCCUAAAUACACACUCCUCCAGAAUUUAUUCCUAAGGUCAUCUAUAGAAUGAGUGAUUGAAUGAAAAAUACAGACUAUAUAUAUGCUUUACAGGAAUUGGUCAUUGCAUUGCACGACAGAAAAAGGAUGACAUUUGCUUGUGUUUCAGAAGGUAUUUGUUUUACAAGUCAAGUUUUCUCAAUCCUGUGCAUCCACAAUUUUAGAGUAUAAAUGUGUGAUCAAGUAGAUAAUUAUUAAUUAUGUAAGUAUAGCAUUGAGGCUGUAUUAGAUAUUAUUGUAAAUUGGAUAAAAAUGGAAUGACUUAAACUUUCUAUUUCACUUAAAUUAUAUUAUAGUAGCAUAGUUUAUUUUCAUUUAUGCAUCUAUUUAGAUGCUCUUGAAGUGCUAUUAAUAUACAAAUUCUCAAUUUUUGUGUUAAUGUUUUAUUUUUUUGGUUUUUUUGCUUAUCUAUUAUACAUAAAUUACAGAUAUCAUUACACAGUAAUUUGAAUAAUUUUUAGGUAAUUGUAUCUGUGAGUGUGUGCAUACUUGACAUUUAGUUUUAAAAUAUCCUUUGUAAGAAAGUAGCAAGAUCUGUAAGAUAUGGGUGGUCAGGUUUCUCCUAUAUAUUUAUAAUUUGGUCUGUUACACAGUGUGCAUUAUUAUAGAACCUUGAAAUUAUGUUAAGAAUAUAAGACUGUUUCUUGUAAAAGAUCAAUAUUGUGCCGUAAAGUAGUAAAUUUUAAACAUGCAAAUCGGAAUGUGCUGAAUUUUCAAGUGAGUGAAAGAAAUGAGUUGUGUUAUAUUUAUAUCCUUUUAACCCCAAUUGCGUAUGUGUGUAUGAGAGGAAACAAGACUCAGUAGGCAUAGAUUUUUGUUUGUAAAUCUUAAAGUAAUUGAAUUCAUGAAUUUUGUCUCAUCCCAUUAUUACAUUUUCUUGGAAGGAUAUGUUAAAAUAGUAAAUCACUAUUCAGUGUCAGUUCUUUGCAAGUUGUUUCAAAGAAAGGGUUUUUGAAUUUUUGGGGAAUUUUAUUGUUCAAUAAGUGUUCAAAAAAAUAAACGUCACUACCCAGCAACACUGCCAAACAUAACUGCAAUAUUCACUUGUAAGAAAAGUAUUGCCUGAAAAGAGGAAAGUCUUUAAAUCACUUUUAACAUAUUUUCAUGAAUUCAAAUGUUGACUUGCUUAACUCAGUUUUUAUUCCUCGUAUGUAACACAGCAUCAAUGUUAUUUUUUUAAAUUCAGUAUUAAAUAGUAUUAAGAAGAUGUAAUUUCUAUACUUUAAUUUCUGUGAUCUUUAUCUUAGAAGAAAUCAAAUUGUGUGGAGAAUUUGAACUGCUAUAUGGUGUUCAUUUUGUUACUCACUGAGUGGUUGUGUUUUCUUUAUGAUUGUGUGAGUAAUAUGCAAAAUAGCUACUAAAACUUUAGGUUAAAACUCUAAACUAAGUUUGAGAUAGAAGCAAGAAUGUUAAUAGUAAUAAUAUGUGCACAAUUUGUUUUGCAAUCUUUUUUUAUAUACAUAUACCAAGGCAUUGUUAUUGGUAUUUUGUCACCAAAACUCUUUUUAUAUUCAUGUAGAGCAGUCAGUUAUUGAGGGGAAAUUGUAUUUCAUAGUUUUGUAUUGUAAAAAUCAUGAAAUAUGUAAAGUUUAAUGUUAUACUAUUACUAUCCUUCCAAUAUCAUUGGAUAAGAUAGAAAAAAUAAAAUAAAAAUGAAAACUCUAAAAUUAUUUCUUCAAAAUCAUUCAAUCUUUUACCAUUUUGAGAUAAUUUGUCUUCUCUCUAAAUUGGUAUCUUGAUCUCAUUUACAACUAGAAUGAUUUUAUGAAAUCAAAAUAAGAGAAAAUUAUCCAUAUUCAAAACUGGUGUAACAGGAAUGAUAACUAUUGAGAAGAGAAAAAGACAAGUACUGUGUGGGGCUAGAGUAGUAACGAGUUGCCAGCUCUGCAGCACUAAUGACAAGAUUUGGCAACUAUGAUGAAUAAAUUGUGGGGAAGAGGAAGCGAGGAGACUACAUAGAGCUCCAUAUUCAAUCCUCUUGGGACAGUAAAGAUGAAGCAGUUAAAUGAUGAAAGAGAGAAUGCUUAUAGAUUACAAUAACUUAACAUCUGUGAUGUAAUAUUCCAGAGAUUUUUUCGUGAUAUUAAAUUAGUGUUCUUUUCAAAAA